AUGAAGUUAAGAAAUGGAAAUGGAAUCACUCUCCUACUAUUGUUACUAUGCUUAACAACUCUCUCUCUUCAAACAGAAGCUCUACAGAUGAUAAUUCCCAGUUCAGGAACAAAAUGUGUGUCUGAGGAUAUUCAAACACACGUCGUCGUUUUAGGUGAUUACUAUUCUGUAGUUGAAGAAGCUUAUCGGGUUCAUAGAGUUUCCGUCAAGGUAACGUCUCCUUAUGGAAACAACCUUCACCAUAAUGAAAAUGUUACACAUGGGCAGUUUGCAUUUACAACUACCGAAAGUGGAAGUUAUGUAGUGUGCUUCUGGCUGAGUGGAAAUCAACAAGAAGGUGCAACUCCAAGUGUCAACCUUGACUGGAAAACUGGACUUGCAGCUAAGGAUUGGGAUUCUGUUGCAAAGAAAGAAAAGAUUGAGGGUGUUGAACUUGAAAUCUUGAAGCUUCAAAGACUUGUGGCUGCCAUCCAUCUUUAUCUAACUUACUUGAAGGAUAAGUCAGCAAAGCUGAGGGAAGUGAAUGAAAAAACAAAUGCUAAAGUCGCAUGGCUUAGCAUCAUGUCUCUUGGUCUCUGCAUUUCUGUUUCGGGAUUGCAACUUUGGUAUCUAAAGAGCUAUUUUCGAAGGAAGAAACUCAUAUAG